GUGUGCUUGUUUUCGCAAUCGCUCAAUGGUGGGUCAGUGGCACACCAUCUGCUUCUGACCGCAAAUCGUGAUCGCGACUGCCCGAGGCAACGGCAACGGCCACCGAUCCGAUGCCGCUACUCCACUUAGUUUCCCUUUAGUUGUAAAUUGUAGUUUCAGUAUGCCAAGUGUUUUCUCAUUAUCGUGCCAAGGCUGUCAGGAAGAGCAGAGGCAGAAGAAGAGGCAGAGUCUAAACUAAAUUGGAGCGAGCAAUCAACGAGUUUGAACAAAAAACGGUCACUAGUAAACUACCAUUACGAAGUUACGAUAUCGCGAAACCGCAACGUGUGCCUUAUUCCGGCCUUAUGUUCAAAUAACUUUCAAUAAUGCAUAACUAAAUAAACCACAUACAUAUACGGAAAAAAAAACUAAAUUUAAGAAUCAAGCGAAAAUAGCUACACCAAGGGAUACUAUUUGAGUAUCAUCCGAAUUAUAGUCUCAUUAUAUCUAAUGGCUGGCGCUAUAGCCAUUUUGAAAAGGAACUGUAAUGCAUCAGGAAUGUGAGUAGAACAUGCAGUGAUAUUAUAUGAAAUCGAGAUGCUGUGGGCAACCGCAAACGAAUCGCACUGGACUGACCAGUUCUAAUCUUGGGAGUCCCAAUCAAAGAUCGGUCGGCAAAAAGAUAUUGAUACAGAAAACAAGUAUACAAAUCUCCUGACCACCAUCAUCCUGAUGUUCAAAAUGGACGCCGCAGACUUCUGGCAGCAGGCCCGCGCACCAUUCGGACUUCACUCGGCGCUUCAUCAACACACUCCUCCGAACCAACAACAGCAGCAGCACCACCACCAUCAGCAUCAACAUCAUCAUCAACAGCACCACCAGUCCCACCAUCCAACAAUAUCGCAACAGCAUGAUCACCAGUUAACCCCCAGUGCCAAUUCAGAUGGCACGGCUGCCAGCAACAACAGCAAUAGCAACAACCCGUCACUAAACACUAAAAUCGAAUCUAGCGGGCCUCAGCAACAUCACCACCUUCUGCAACACCAGCACCAUGAGCAGCCCUUUGGCCCCGAUUCCUUCAGGGGUCAGCUCUCGGCGCCAGCCCCGCAGCUAAGUAAUCAUCACCUGCUGUUCAACGCCGCGGCUGCCGCUGCCGCCGCAGCUCACCUCAAGUCUACAGCCCUACAGAAUAAUAUUUCGCCCCCGUCAGAUCAGUCCAAUAUGCUCCGAAACUAUGGCCAUAAUCCGUUAAAUCCCGUCAUCAAGCCUAAACAAGAGCUUGACCAACAGCCGCCGCGUCUUGAUGAAAACCGCCAACAGCAAACGGAGCAGGCAUACACUGGUGACUUUUACGACGCGGGUGACGCCCCAGGCUCCGGCACGGAUGCCUCUGCAAGUGUUACCUGUACUAGUAGCGUCGGCGCUGAUCAAUUGCAAUCCAAUCAACAAACACAACAGCAGACUUCAGGAGGUCUUCAGCAACCGCAGCCACAACCCCACCGGCAGACACAGAGUCCAGGGCCUGGAACGGUAAUGCUCAACAAACCGUUAUCACAAGGUCAGCAGUCGCCGCAGCACUCAAUAACGCCAUCUGGUGGCAGCUCUACUCCUGAAAUUAAAUUCAACAACGACAAGAUGGCCAACGAGAUACAGCUUCAGCUAUCCCGGUCGAGUAGCGCAGCCGCGAUCAGUGAACGCACCCUUGAAGAAUGUUGGUCAACCCUGCAACGACUUUUUAUGCACAAAAGCGCUAUGCAGCAAAUACAACAACAAAUUCCUCGCGUUGGACUGGCGACGCACGGAGUUACCGGCACGCCUAGCUUGGGUGGCAAUGCUACACCCGGAACGGACACCAAGCCACAUCAGUGCCAACAGUGCAUGAAGAGUUUUUCCAGCAAUCACCAGCUCGUGCAGCACAUUCGUGUCCACACUGGAGAAAAGCCGUACAAAUGCUCUUACUGUGAUCGUAGAUUUAAGCAGCUGUCCCAUGUCCAACAGCACACGCGCUUGCACACAGGAGAACGCCCUUACAAGUGCCACCUGCCCGACUGUGGGCGAGCCUUCAUACAGCUCUCCAAUCUGCAGCAACAUCUCCGAAAUCAUGACGCCCAAGUGGAGCGAGCCAAGAAUCGUCCAUUUCACUGUAAUAUUUGUGGAAAGGGAUUCGCCACUGAGUCCAGUCUGCGGACGCACACAUCCAAAGAGCUACAGCUGCAUCUUGGUGUCUUGCAGCAGCAUGCGGCACUCAUCGGUGGUCCCAAUGCAACAUCCUGCCCGGUAUGCCAUAAGCUCUUUCUUGGUACCGAAGCACUCAUGGACCAUAUGAAACACGUCCAUGAAGAAAAGAGCCCACCUUCAAGUGGAACAGCUGCAACCCACUUUAGUGAGAUCAUCAAUUGUGCGGGUGGCAACGGAAAUGACAAUGUAUCUGGGGGCGGGCCAAUACCAAUUGGCUCACAAUGUACAUCCGAAUCCACCUGUGCAAGGAUACCUACACAUCCCCCAACUGGGAGUGGACCAAACCUCAGCGACAGCUACCUGGGAAAAAGAAGAACUGCCAAUCAUCCAUGUCCAGUCUGUGGCAAGCAUUACGUCAACGAAGGAUCUCUGCGAAAGCAUCUGGCUUGUCACGCCGAGACCUCCCAGCUCCCAAAUAGCCUCCGCAUGUGGCCCUGUAGUGUGUGCCAGGCUGUUUUCACACAUGAAAAUGGCCUGCUUACCCAUAUGGAGUCGAUGCGUAUGGAUCCUAAGCACCAGUUCGCGGCUCAAUACGUCUUGUCCCGAGCGGCAGCAGAGCAACGAGAGCGAGAGAGCAUACUAGCGGCCACUAUAGCUGCCGGCAGUGGUGCUGCCAGUGGAAUCGGAGUUGGAGAGGCGAGAAAUGUGCUACCUAUGGGUGUGACCAACUCAGGGGGAUCCAACUCAAAGUGCCCGUCACCAUCAGCAAACUCGGAAUGUUCGUCGAACGGGCGGCUUUCAUCGUCAUCAACUUCCGAUCAAGAUCAAGAACAUGAUCACGAUCACGGCCUAAGUGAAACUGAGAACAGUAGCCACAACAAUAUUAGCAACACCAAUAACAACACCCUGUGCGCGAAUAACAACAGCUGCAAUUCCAGCAAAAUGAACGAGCUGCGUCUUCCAAAUUCGAGUCAAUACAAUAUGGAUACCGGGCUGCACGUUGCCAAUCGAAUGUCACUAAUGGCAGCAGCAGCCGCAGCUGUAGCAGCAUCCCGACCACCACAGGAUGGGAUUGACUGUUCGAAUGUUCCCAGUGCGGCCGUCCAAGCUGCUGUGGUUAAUCUUGCCGCUGCUAUGCGUAUGAACAAUCCCAACAAUGGUUCUACUGCACUUGUAAGCCACUCCGCGCAUCCCCAUUCCAUCCAGCACCAACAGCAUCUCGGCGAACAUCCUUUACCCCACCAUCAGCACCCUCAUAAUCUUCAGCAACAGCAGACACCACAGCACCAUCAACAGCAGUUGUCACAUUUGUUAGGGCACGGGCACUCUCACGGGAACAAUUCCCGCCGUUCGCCGAACAUAAAUGUGCCGAGCUUGCAGAUGCAAAACGAGUCAUCAGCUAACGCGUCGUCCGUUGCGAUGAACAUGAACGUUAACAUGAUGCGUGGCUCCAUAGAACCAGACUCAACACUAGGAGGAAUGAAUCCGAUAGAGGCCCUCCAUCAUCAGCAACAACAUCAUCACCAGGCGUCAACUUAUUCACAGCACGCAGUGGCUCCUAGUACUCAGCAAGCCCAUUCACAACACAGUCACCACCAUCCAGAAACCGCUCUUCGCAUGCACCAGCAGGCCGAAGCAAUUCUGCGCUCCCAUGAGGUGGCAUUUCGUUUGGCUGCCAGUACCGGCGUCAAAAGCGAAUCAGAACAGCAACAGUCAAUUGGUGGCAAUGGCAAUGUCAGUGCUAACAGUAACGAACAGCAUCGAUUCCCGACACAUCAGCAAGAGCAACAAGUACCGUCGAGCUCAUGAAGCUUGGCGGUGAUUGAGCCCAGUAGGAUAGGUACAGAUAGAAAUACAGAAUCAAGUACAACGAUUUCGUAAUUGCGUCGAUUGCA